AUGUUUUCCGUGGCUGCUGCCGAGACAUUGGUGAACGCUCUCAGAAAUUCAGGAAUCAUCAUCAUUGACGGUUCCAUAAACGACAUGCGCAUUUUUUCAGCAGGUCAGCAGUCAAUUCAUCUCCUUCCUCAUAUUUGUGUUCUGCGUAAACGUCUUUCUGGUGGCGUUUCUCCGAUCGUCGGAUCACUUUUACACUCGCCUGGUGAUGAUGUCUCUCGUGCUAUUUGCCGUGCUGCUGCAGAUUAUCGGUUUUAUGGUACCGUCGAUGAUUAUCGAGCGACGGAUCAAUUCCACAAAUGCCCUACUCUCAGCGCUGGACGUGGAAGUCUCCAGUGGAAAGCACGCCAACGCCGUACACCACAUCGCAGCAAAGCGAAGAAGCGUGACCUCCACGAUAUCGGCUUCAAUCGCCCAAUAGGCUUUCUAUCAGCCGUCUAUAAACUCUUCGCUCGAGUUAUCCUAAACAGGAUUGGCAAAACACUAGACGAUGUACAGCCAUCGUUCAAAAUCUCCGACUACAACCCAUACGACAAGAAGGCAAUGGGAUUUGUCGUCUACUUUCCCGCCGUGACAUGUGUGUUCAUCAGCUUGUCGAUGCGAACUAAUUUCACCAAGAAUGACACAUUUCGGGGCACUACCUCGGCACUCGUGCUCUCAUCACUACUGUACAUUGUGACAGCUUCACUUGAGGCUCGUUUCAUAAGUAUCAGCGCCAUAGUUUCCACACAUGCCGCUACUCUGGAACAUGGUUUUCGUAGUAUGGCGUUGCUGAAAUCACUGCCCGUUACAGCGGUUGUGGUCCUGUCUUCUUUCUACUGCGCCUAUACGGCGCUCAUCACUGCGGCUCGAACUGUCCAGGAUGUUGGGCGCAUCGAUGGGUUGGUUCCUGGAUGGAAUAAACUCGGACGUGGCUACGGAAGAGAAGAUGCUCCCCGGAUUGCAUUCGCUGUGAUUACCACUGCUGCUGUUGCUUUAAGCAUGAUUGGUGAGUUUAACAUCGUCGCAAGCAUGGUGACCAUCUUCUUUCUGAGCACCUACUCGCUAUUCAACUACGCUGUUUUUAUGAGCACUCUCAAAUUUGACAAGCCUGCAUUUCGAUACUACAAUCGUUGGCUAGCGCUGGUCUGCUCGUUGCUUUGCGUUCAUAUAAUGCUGGCUGUUAGUUGGGAACUUACAAAUACAGCCAUCUUUACCUUCCUCAAAUUCUACAUCUACGUCAAGUGGAAGCAGUCAAAAUCAAAAAUUACCAAGGAGCAUAUCGGAUCGUCUUUCGAUACGGCGCUCAAUAGAUUACGAGACAUGGAGCGAGAAGCAGAUCUUGACUAUAAGCCUCAGGUGUUACUGUUGACUGGAAACCCUGCUGCCAGACCAGCGCUCGUUGAUUUCGCCAACAAUAUCACCAUGGGACGAUCGUUACUCAUUUGUGGAUUUGUGAUCCCGCAAUCGACGAGCAGUAGCACGGCAGUCAUAACCAAGAAAGUGUACAGACAAAUGUCGGAAUGGUUGGAGAGCCGUAAUGUGGAAGCUUUCGCGGCUACUGUAGCCAACAAACAUCAAGUGGAAGGUGCAAUAACAUUGCUCCAGAGCUCUGGUAUCGGUAAAAUGCGCCCAAAUAUAUUGAUGAUUGGCUUCAAAGCUAACUGGGAGAAACGUGGAGUGGAUGAGAUUAUCGGAUUUUACGAGAUCGCACUAAACGCAUUCGAGAAUGAUGUGGGUGUGGCCAUCUUCCGUAAUUCAAACAUCGGAUUCGACUUGACUGAACGUUUUAGCACGAAAAAUUCCACUAUCGGUGCAGACGGUGACGAGAAUGACAUCGACUUUAACCCCUAUGUGAAUCUCCACAACGCCGAAUUGGUAGGACAGCUGGAGCGCUUCAGGACGCGAAUUCACAAAGGAACCAUAGACGAUGGUGGCUUAACAGUUCUACUUCCAUAUCUGCUCCAACUGCCUGGAACAUAUCUUGAAGGAGCACGUUUACGAGUUUUUAUAGAAGGUGGAAUAAGUGAUCGCGUGUCGAAUGACCAGAAACACAUGGCAGCGCUUUUACGCAAAAUUGGAGUGAAGUCUUCGGAUCUGAUUGUGAUCAGCACCUUCGAUAGAUCCCCAAACAAAGCCACAGUGGAUGAUUUUGAGGAACUUAUUUCAGCUUUUAGAGGUAAUGAAAAUGGACUGCAUGGAGCUAUCACAAAUGUAAGACUAAUGAUUCUGCAGUAG